AUGGAACUGCUAUAUUUUUAAGAGAAUCUGGAGAUGUGCGGAACCGAAGGGGAAAAGCUCUCUCCAAAGACUCCGCCUUUACCGACCUAAACCCACACAAAACUGAAGGACAAGUGAAAAAGGAAUAAACAGAACCAUAUUGAAAGAAAACUCGACCGAUUCCAGCAUUCCUACUCUUCUUUUUCAAGACAAUUUCUUUAUUAAAUAAUUUCCCAUUUUGGUUGGUUCUUUCAUUUCCCGAAAUGGGUAGGUGAGAAUGCUGAGGACUGUUUCAGUUCAUCAAUUGAGGUGCCGGCUCCCUCCUUCAGGGAAGUCCCAUGGCGGCACCCCUUUUACAGGGAUGCGCUUCUGCACUCAUUAUAAGCCUCUAGUUAUCAAGUGCUCAUCAACAAUGACUGUCACAUCGAAAAUCUCCAUCAAUGAUGGGAAGCUUGUGGUUCAUGGGAAGACCAUCCUGACUGGAGUUCCAGACAACAUCAUCUUGACUCCUGGAUCAGGGGUGGGGCUUGUUUCUGGUGCUUUCAUUGGUGCCACCGCUUCACAUAGCAAAAGUCUUCAUGUCUUUCCCAUAGGUGCUUUAGAGGGUCUUCGAUUCUUGUGUUGUUUCCGAUUCAAACUAUGGUGGAUGACCCAGAGAAUGGGCACAUGUGGGAAAGAUGUUCCUUUGGAGACUCAAUUCAUGCUUGUAGAGAGCAAGGAUGGCGCUGAAGAAGCCCCAACAGUCUACACUGUCUUCCUCCCCCUCCUUGAAGGCCAGUUUCGUGCUGUUCUGCAAGGCAAUGAUAAGAAUGAGAUUGAGAUAUGCCUUGAGAGUGGAGAUAGUGCUGUUGAAACGAACCAAGGGCUUUACCUUGUAUACAUGCAUGCGGGGACUAAUCCUUUUGAAGUUAUUAAUCAGGCUGUAAAGGCUGUGGAGAAAUACAUGCAAACCUUCCUUCACAGAGAGAAGAAGAAGUUGCCUUCUUUCCUUGAUUGGUUUGGCUGGUGCACAUGGGAUGCUUUCUAUACUGAUGUCACAGCUGAGGGUGUUGAGGAAGGCCUUAAAAGUCUGUCUGAGGGAGGGGCUCCUCCACGGUUUCUCAUAAUAGAUGAUGGUUGGCAGCAGAUUGAGAAUAAGACAAAGGAGAGUGAUUGUGUUGUACAAGAAGGAUCACAGUUUGCUAGUAGGUUGACAGGAAUCAAAGAGAAUGCCAAGUUCCAAAAGAAUGGCCAGAACAAUGAACAAGUUUCUGGCUUAAAACAUGUUGUAGAUGAAGCUAAGCACCAUCACAAUGUGAAAUUUGUUUAUGUUUGGCAUGCUUUGGCUGGUUACUGGGGUGGAGUCAAACCUGCAGCUACUGGUAUGGAGCACUAUGAUACAGCAUUGGCAUAUCCUGUUCAGUCCCCUGGUGUUUUAGGCAACCAGCCGGACAUAGUCAUGGACAGCCUUGCAGUUCAUGGCCUUGGUUUGGUGCAUCCGAAGAAGGUUUUCAAUUUCUACAAUGAGCUCCAUGCUUACCUGGCUUCAUGUGGAGUUGAUGGAGUGAAGGUUGAUGUGCAAAACAUUAUUGAGACGCUUGGUGCUGGCCAUGGUGGCAGAGUGUCUCUCACCCGUAGUUAUCUCCAGGCCCUUGAAGCUUCAAUUUCGCGAAACUUCCCUGAUAAUGGAUGCAUAGCUUGCAUGUGCCACAAUACUGAUGGAAUGUAUAGUGCCAAGCAGACUGCUGUGGUCAGAGCUUCAGAUGACUUCUAUCCUCGAGACCCUGCUUCACACACUAUCCACAUUUCCUCAGUGGCUUACAACACUCUUUUCCUUGGAGAGUUUAUGCAGCCUGACUGGGAUAUGUUCCAUAGUUUGCACGCAGCUGCAGAGUAUCAUGCUGCUGCUCGUGCAAUUGGUGGAUGUGCAAUCUAUGUCAGUGAUAAGCCUGGCAAUCACAAUUUUGAGCUCCUAAGGAAGCUGGUUCUUCCUGAUGGAUCAGUGCUCCGUGCCCAACUUCCUGGCAGGCCCACUCGUGAUUGCCUCUUUGCUGAUCCAGCCAGAGAUGGGGUCAGCUUACUCAAGAUAUGGAAUGUGAACAAAUGCUCUGGUGUGGUUGGUGUCUUCAACUGUCAAGGUGCUGGUUGGUGCAAAGUUGCUAAGAAAACCCGCAUUCAUGAUGCCUCUCCUGGUACUCUUAGUGGUUCUGUCCGUGCCACUGAUGUUGACCAAUUGGCUCAGAUUGCUGGUGCAGAUUGGCAAGGAGAGACCGUUGUUUAUGCUCAUAGAAGUGGGGAUGUGGUACGAUUACCGAAAGACGUUUCAGUGCCAGUAACCCUUAAAGUUCUUGAGUAUGAACUGUUCCACUUCUGUCCACUCAAGGAGAUUGCCUCCAACAUUUCAAUUGCACCAAUUGGCCUGCUUGACAUGUUGAACUCUAGCGGUGCUGUGGAGCAUAUGGAAAUACACAUGGCAUCAGACAAGAAACCUGAGCUAUUUGAUGGUGAAGUCUCCUCCGAACUGACAACUUCCCUUAGUAACAACAGGUCUCCAACCGCGACCAUUGCACUCAAAGUAAGGGGCAGCGGAAGGUUUGGUGUUUACUCUUCUCAACAUCCAUUGAAGUGCAGCGUGGGCAAUACUGAGACAGAGUUCAACCAUGACUCCGCAACUGGAUUGCUGACCCUGAUUCUUCCAGUGCCACAAGAGGAGAUGUAUAGAUGGCCAGUGGAGAUUCAAGUUUGAACUUUGAAGUAGUUUGUUCCAUAAAUAACCAUAAGAGCAUAAUAGUAUCUGUAAGACAGGGGAAGGGUGGUUGCGUGUUUGUAGAUAUGGUUGUGUGUCUUGGGGUGGGAUUGCCAUUUCAUAUUAGGUCCCUGUGUUGUUGUCGAUGUUGUUGUUCAUUUCUCUUCAAUAAAAGUGUUUAAUCUCCGUUUUUAACUUCAAAAAGAAGAAAAUCUUUUAAUUAUG